AUGCCUCCAGUUAAGCAUUAUUCAUCUAGUGAAGUGAAUCAGUAUGAAUUAUCAUCAAGAUUAUUAUCUCUUACUGAAAAUAAUACGUCGUAUACUCUUACACAAAUAAAUGGGCAAAGGAUUUACAGAAAGGCCCCUCAUGCAUGGAGUGGACCUGAACCUUCAAGAAACUGUGAGGUCUUCAUCGGCAGAAUUCCUCAUGAUUGCUUUGAAGACACGCUGGUGCCGCUGUUCCGUCAAGCUGGAGAGCUAUUCGAGUUUAGACUCAUGAUCAAUUUCUCAGGCUGGAAUAGAGGAUAUGCUUUUGCGAUGUACACCACCGAUGCCGAAGCAAGUAAUGCCAUACGGAUGUUCAACAACUAUAUGAUAAGACCUUCGUGGCAACUCGGUGUAUGCCCAUCUAUCAACAACUGCCGCAUAUUUAUAUCGCGGAUACCACCAACUACCCCCUCUGCUGAGAUCGUUCGCCUGCUGUAUGCUUUGACGGAUGAAGUGCAAGAGGUUCGUAUUCGUCGAUCGAUUGCGUCCUGCGCUGCGAUCGUCGAAUAUAAGUCUCACCGCGGAGCAGCGAUGGCGCGAAAGGCGCUAGUGGCCGCGGCUGCUGCGGCCUGGGGUUGCGGUGCCCGACCCGCUGUGGAUUGGUCCCUGCCGCAAUCGCCGCAGCUGCUCAAACAAUAUCGGGAGGUUGGGCGCUGGACACCUGAGCGUGGUGUUGAACUCACUCGCGCACCUGAGGAGCCUGCUGCCACUUCUCCUCCACCAGCUGCGCCAUCCUAUACCUUGGAGCCGUGGUCUCAGGCGCGCCGACUGCGUAUGAUUCAUGAGGCUCAACGAAGCGCCGCUGCCGCCGCAGAAUGGUCUAACCGCAUAAACAAUGGAAUGGAUUCCCUGGUAUCGUCGAUGACAUCGCUUGGGUUCGGGGGUGGUUUGGGACUACAGGGAGGCGAGUCGGGCGUGUGGGCCCCGCCGGGUGCUGGGUUGCUGGGCGCGGGCCCACGCCUACCGCAGCCGCCGCAGCCGCGUGAUUUUAAUCCGUGGACUGCCCGUCAUCCGCUGCAGGAGUUUAUCACUCCCGGAAAGGAGGCUCAUACACACUCGGGAAGACAGAAUGAAGAUCUUGUACUGUAUCUUACGAAGAUCUUCUAG